AUGUCGUCUUGUCGCACAGCCCGCGCUGCAACAAGGCUAGCGAGCACAGCCCUUCGCCCUCGCCCCGCGCUCCUGGCGACUCGUACAUCCCGCCUGGCGACCCCGUCAUCCACCAGGCGCCACUCGACCCAACAACAGACCACUCUCAACACCAUCAACCAGGAUGAAAUUGACCACUUUUCUCGCCUGUCCCAGCACUGGUGGGACGAGACUGGCGAGUUUGCUCUUUUGCACCGUAUGAACCCGGAACGUGUCGAGUACUUGCGCCAAAAAGUCGCUAUGGAUCCGCACGCCGAGCCUGAAUGGACGUUUGCGGACCGCAGCAACGACAAGCGCCGGGACGAGGCGCGCGGCUCCGGCCGGUGGCUCGAGGGCAAGAGGUGCUUGGAUGUUGGAUGUGGCGGCGGUCUCCUUGCCGAGACUCUUGCGCGCCUCGGCGGCGACGUGGUGGCGAUUGACGCUUCGGCGCACAACAUUGCCAUUGCGCGCACCCACGCCUCGUGCGACCCGCUGCUCCCCUUUGUGGACGAGCACGGCGCCGGGCCCUCGACUCCAGCGUCCAUCCCGGGCCGCCUCGAGUAUCGCCACACGUCGGCCGAGGCGCUCCACGCCGCUGGCGAAAAGUUCGACGUCGUGUGCAGCAUGGAGGUCCUGGAACACGUCGACCAGCCUGGCGAGUUUCUCAAGUGUCUCGGCGACAUGGUCAAGCCCGGUGGCCACCUCGCCAUGUCGACUAUUUCGCGUACCCCUCUCGCCCAGCUGUUGACCAUUACGAUGGCCGAGGACAUUCUCCGCUUCGUCACGCCCGGAACACACCACUACCACAAGUACGUCCGGCCCGAGGAGCUGCGCCGGUUCGUGGCUAAAGAGAUGGGCGGACACGCCGUGUGGGAGGCCAACGAGGACGCCAGCGAUAUCCGCGUCGGCGAGGUCGGCGAAACCCGCGGCAUCAUCUAUGACCCCCUCGGCGGCCGGUGGAGACUCUGGCCCGGCGUAGAGGGUACGUGGGCAAAGGGCAUGGGCGAGCUUUGCAACUACAUGUACCACGCCAAGAAGCGCGCGUGA